AUGAAGGUCUUGUCGACACUCGCAACUAUAGUUGCUCUUGGCAGUUGCCAAUCCCUCACUAAGGUCAAUGACUUCAGCGGUACUCCCACGAAGCUGGGCAUGUACUCGUAUGUGCCCAGUAACCUCAAGACCCCGGCGCCUAUUAUCGUAGCUGUACACCACUGCCAAGGUUCAGCUCAGGGAUACUUCUCUGAGUCCCAAUACGCGCCAUUAGCUAACCAGUACGGUUUCAUCUUGAUCUACCCCAACUCUAAGUCUGGUGGUGGCUGCUUCGAUGUCGCUUCCGACGCUACCUUAAAGCACGAUGGUGGUGGUGACAGUCAGACCAUUGCCAACAUGGUAAAAUACGCCGUAGAGAAAUACGGUGGAGACGCAAACAGGACAUAUGUCACUGGAACCAGUUCCGGUGCCAUGAUGACCAACGUCCUUCUCGGAGCCUACCCCGAUGUUUUCAAGGCAGGAUCCAUCUACUCCGGUGUGCCAGACGGAUGCUUCGCUGUCCCCGGAUCUACUGCCACUCAGGACCCCCCGGGAUGGAACAAUCAGUGCGCCAACGGACAGAGCACCAAGACUGCUGCUCAAUGGGGUGACCUCGUGCGAUCUUACUACCCAGGAUACACCGGUGCUCGUCCCCGAGUUCUAGUCUGGCACGGCACCGCUGACAGCACCCUGCGAUACCCUAACUACCAGGAGACACUUAAGCAAUGGUCCAACGUCUUGGGUCUUACCACCUCCAAGGACACCGCCAACACUCCCCAGAGCGGAUACACCCAGACCAUCUACGGCGAUGGCACCGCCACGACAGCGCAGCUCGUUGGAUACAGCGCCGCGGGCGUUGGCCACACUGUACCUGUUCACCAGAAGGAUGAUCUCGCAUUCUUCGGCAUUGCGUAA